UGUAUAUGUGUGGUGGUGGUGGGGAAUUCGAUUGUCCAGGACUUUCCCUUCCUUAACAAAAAUAUUUCUCUGUCAUUAUCUUCUUUACCGUUAAGGUAAUUUGAAUGACUGAAAAUAAAAUAACUUAUAUUCUAGUUAAAUUUAUUUCACACAAUUAGAAAAGUUUAAACAACCCUCCUGUAAGUUAGGCCACUAUUAUUCAGCUGAUAUGUUACUAUUUUAUGCUUAAAAUAUCUUUGGGUCCCUUUUCAUAAUAAAACCAAUUUCCUGAAUGCCUUUUUGCGUUAAUUUUUUUUUUUUAUUUUUUGUUCAGUUUUAGCCUUUUCUGGCCUACCUACUGUGUUGCUAUCAUUUGACCAACUGCCAUUUCCACUUCAUUUAGAUCUGUCCACUGGAAUAGUUUAAGCUUUAGCUCAGUCCUGAAGAAAGGACUUCUGGAGUUUAAAAAAAAAAUUCAGAUUCACUAAAUAAAUAUGUUAAGUUGGUGGUAAUUCAAUCUGCCCCUCCCCCAGAACAUUUUUGUCAACCCAGCUACAGUAUGUAAUCAGUAAUAUGCUGCAUUACUCCACAUAGUUUUUCUCUUUUCCCUCCCUUCUGUCUCUCCUCUUGCUCUGUCUCUCUGUUAGCACUAAUCUCUAGUCGUGCUCACAGUCUUACAGCUUCCUGCCCUUCCAUAUCCCUCUCUCCCCCUCCGUUCUCUCUGUCUCUCCCCCCUUCAGCAUCACUUCUUUUUUUCUCCCCAGUGAGGAUGACAUCCCUGAGUUUGAUGAACCAGCGCAGCUGAUUCUGGCUGCUGGCUUCUGAGGGAAACCCCACAUGAAUGGUUUCACUGGAGCAGGACUUGCCGCAUCUGUGGAGGACCAAGUGCAAGACCUGUCAUCUAAAGCAACCUCUCUACUUCAUCCAUCGAUAUAACAGAUACAACCAGACGCCUGCAGGAUCUUCAGCAGAUAACAGGCCACAGACAGCACCGACGGACACAUGUCACAGGUUGAGCAGGAAAUCUCACUUGUCCAGAGGAGAAUGUCUGACCUGGAGUCAGUUCUGCAGCAGAAGGAUAUUGAGUUAAAAGCCUCAGAGACCCAGAGGAGCAUCCUGGAACAGGACCUGGCCACCUAUAUCACAGAAUGUAGUAGUCUGAAGCGCAGUUUGGAACAGGCCCGUAUGGAAGUGUCACAGGAGGAUGACAAAGCUCUGCAGCUCCUCCAUGACAUCCGUGAACAGAGCAACAAGCUCCAGGAGAUCAAGGAGCAGGAAUACUGUGCUCAGCUAGAGGAGAUGAGAGUGACCAUCAGACAACUGGAGGAGGACCUGUCUGCUGCUCGAUGUCGCAGUGACCUGUACGAGGCUGAACUGAAAGAUAAUUGUCAGACCAGCGAGGAGCUGAACAGAAAAGCUGCAGAUUAUCAGCACAGGGCCAGAGAACAGGAAAAAGCAGAGUCAGAGGAGGCAAUCACCAAACUGGAGAAGGUGGUGUAUGAAGAUAGGUUACAUUCAUUUUUAAUUUUAUCCCUGAAUAUAACAAAUAACCUUUUUACUUACUUAUUUAUUGAACUUAAAAACACGUCAACUUGUUCAAUAUAACUAUUUGCCAUAAAGAAUUUUACUAAUGGAGUCACCCCUGCCAUUUGUACACAGUUACUGUAGUCUGGUCUGUGAUGUCUGAAAAUACAUAGCGAUCAGUAAACUGGAAAAAAAAGACAUUGUAGUUUUAAUAUUUAUUAGCUGUUUUCAGCUAAUGCAAAGCUAGCUAGGCUAAUUAGUUGCUAUUAGCAAGCUAGGCUAACCUGUUGCUAUUUUCUGCAUAUUUUGCUUUUGCAUGUCAGUUGACAGUUAGUCAUCUAACUGAUUUUGCUUAUUUUUUAGCAUUUAUUUUUAUAAUUAUCUAUGACUUUACUAGAUUUUACAGUUUAUUUUUAAGCAGUGUGAACUAUUAGCAACCUUUUGGACAAAUGCCUAACCAAUAUCCUUCUUUUAUCUUUAACCCAGCUGGCCUGCUAUAAUGCCCAAGUGGCAAUUACCUACUAGGUUACCUAACUUUGGUUUACAUUUUAUUGUAUUUUUAGCAGUGCAGGUAAUAUGAAGCCAAAAUACUUAUUUUUAUUUAAUUACCUACUAUAGUCCACAAAUAUAUAUUUUGUUAAGACUGUAGU